UAACUGUGGCCAAAGCUGUAAGAAACAUAGCUCAUUGUUGGCAAAUGCCGAUGAGCCUCGCUGAGGAGUAAGGGAAGGGAAGGGGGAAAAUAAAAGAGAAAGGGGCUUGGGUCUUCAGGCGAAGCAGCAGGAACAGCAACAGCAGCAACAAGACGACAGCAAUAAUAUCACGUAACGACCUCGAAGGAAACCAGAAAAAUACUCUAUAUGCAGCUGGGCGGUUUUUAAAUUGAGCGAUUCUACCAGCAACCUCCCGAGCAGAAAGAGCAAAGACCGGAGAAGGUUUGGAAAUGGCUGACCACAUGAUGGCCAUGAACCACGGGCGCUUCCCCGAUGGCACCAACGGGCUGCAUCACCAUCCUGCUCAUCGGAUGGGAAUGGGUCAGUUUCCAAGCCCCCAUCACCACCACCAGCAACAACAACAACACGCCUUCAAUGCCUUAAUGGGCGAGCAUAUACACUAUGGCGCUGGGAAUAUGAAUGCCACUAGCGGGAUCAGACAUGCGAUGGGGCCAGGGACUGUGAAUGGAGGGCACCCCCCCAGCACCAUGCCCCCCACGGCCAGAUUUAACAACUCCCAGUUCAUGGGGCCCCCAGUCGCUAGCCAGGGAGGCUCCUUACCGGCCAGCAUGCAGCUGCAGAAGCUAAACAAUCAGUAUUUCAACCAUCACCCUUAUCCCCACAACCACUAUAUGCCGGAUUUGCACCCAGCAAGCCACCAGAUGAACGGGACGAACCAGCAUUUCAGAGAUUGCAACCCAAAGCACAGCAAUAGCAGCGGCAACAGCGGCGGUAGCAGCAGCAACAGCAGCAGCAACAUGCCUUCCUCGGUUCCCCACGUCCCUGCUGCGAUGCUGCCUCCCAAUGUCAUAGACACUGACUUCAUAGACGAAGAAGUGCUCAUGUCCUUAGUGAUAGAAAUGGGUUUGGACCGCAUCAAGGAGCUGCCUGAACUCUGGCUGGGACAAAACGAGUUUGAUUUUAUGACGGACUUCGUGUGCAAACAGCAGCCUAGCAGAGUGAGCUGCUGACUUAAUUUAAACAACCACCACCACCACCACCACAACAACAACCACAACAACAAAAGAAACAGAUCUGACUUUUUCGGUGUGAAUUAAAAACAUUCCCUUAGACACAGUAUCUCGCUUUUCAGGUCUUGAACGGUUUGAGAACUUGGAAAACAGAGUAAACUAUAAAACUUGUACAAAUUGGUUUAAAAAGAAAAUUGCUGCCACUUUUUUGUUUUUUGUUUUUCUGUUUUGUUUUUUGUAGCCUUGACAUUCACCUCCCUUAUGUAGUAGUAAUAUCUAGCUAACUCGGUCUUUUCUGUUGUUUUUACUCCUUAUUUCCUCACUUAAUUUCUACAGUGCUCAACUGUUAGAUAUUAAUCUUGGCAAACUGCUUAAUCUUGUGGAUUUUGUAGAUGGUUUCAAAUGACUGAACUGCAUUCAAAUUAUGAGUGGAAGGAAAAAUUGCAUUAGUUGGUUGCAUGAACUUUGAAGGGCAGAUAUUACUGCACAAACGCUGCCAUCUCGCUUCAUUUUUAACUAUGCAUUGGAGUACAGACUAAUUUUAAAAAUAUGCUAAACUGGAAGUUUAAACAGAUGUGGGCCAAACCAUUCUGGAUCAGGAAAAGUAAUACUGU